AUGUAUCUCUCUCACUCACUCUCUCAUACUCUCUCUCUCUCUCGAUUUCUCUCUCUUUUUUCCUCUCUGUCAUACACACACACACACUCUCUCUCUCUCUCUCUCUCUCUUUCCCUUGCCUUUUAUUCUCUCUCUCUCUCUCUCUCUCUUUCUCUCUCUUGCGCGAGCUCUUUUCUUCUUUUGUUCCCAAUCGUUCUGUCACUUUGCAACAAUGUCACUCUCUGUCUUUAUAUCGUUUUCGUACUUGCUCUCUCUCUCUCUCUUUCUUUCUCACUCAUUCUCUCUCUCUCUCUCACUCCUUUUCUUUCUUUCUCUCUUUUCUUCUUAUGCUCUCACUUACUCUAUGUGUCUCUCUUUUUACCUGUUUUUUUCGUACUCUCUUUCUUACUCACCCUCAUUUAUUUCUCGUGUACGUCAAAUUAUCUCCCGUUGUAUCCGUCCCCCCCCUCUCUCUCUCUCCUUCUCUCUCUUUUGCUCUCACACGCGGACACGCACGUGUCUAAUUUCUCCAUAAAACGAAACAUUAAAUGUUCGUGCCCCACCCACCACAAACAGACCCCUACCUGCGACUCUUUCCGCAACAUCAUACGCCUACGCCAAUUUAAACUCUUCAAAUCCAAAAUGGAUGCUUUCAAAAAUAGGCGUUUCUCUCCUUUUCCUCCGGCAUCACUGAGCUCGCUUCCUCCAUCAUUAAAUUUCCAUUUUUAG